CAAUCAGCUCAAGCCCCAGAACCAGGGUUUCCUAGACACCAUAGUCAUAAUGUUGACAUCUUUAUCCCACGCUAAGGCUUCUGCGGGAUGCCGGGCGUUCGGCAGUGCACGCCCGCGCGUGGCCCCGCGCAUUUCCCAAGUUUGCCAAAUGGCACGCAAUAGCGCUUACAUGGUUGAGGUUGACAAUAUUGCCGAUGAUGAGCCCGAGGACGUGACUGUGCGCCGCUACAUGAAGCUUGUAAUGCAAAGCCGGGUGCUGGAGAAGCUGCGCGCUCGGAGGACCAAGGAGACCAAGAUCGAGGAGUAUAAGCGUCGCUUCCGGGAGCGCGUGGAGCUGCGCAAGGCUGGAUUUGUUGAGCCGACCUUUGACGAGGUUCCUCACCCUAUCUUCGACCAUCCUUUUGACGACUUCUUCAACAUUCGUGAUAAGGAUGAUCCUGAUGGUCCUUUCGAUGGCAUGGCCGCUGGUAACGAUGACUUCCUUGGCACGUUUGGCACUGGCGAGCAAGUGUGGGACAACACCAGCGCACAGGGCGGAUACGUGGAUGGCAACGCUAGCACGUGGCAGGGAGGAUACAUGAACUAACUUGUUUGGACUGGCGCCAGCUUCGGCGAACCCUGGCCAGCGUCCGCUACCCUGUGCUGCUCUCCUGCUUUGCCUUGCGCCGGGCACGAGCUGGGGGUGCUCCUGGGUGCAGCUGAGCAUGGCAGGGGCAGGGGCUCGUGGAUGCCUGCGACGAGGCACGCUGUGUGCAUAGUAGGCCGGCCGCUGGGUGUUGCUGCCCGGUGGAGGAGACGGCGACGUAUAACAUGUUGCUAGGGAAUGCAUCGCUGUGGAGGGGUUUCAGGCGCUGGCAAGUUCUGCUAGCGGUCUUUGGGGUUGGGCAACAGGUUGGGCAAGAGAAUGCGGUUUGCGUCUGGCUCCGAUUUUGGUUGUUGCAGGAACCGGAUUUACACAGCCGCUGUUUACUCUUGGGGACGUUGAGGUGGUGAUGUCAUACUUCCAGCAACACAGCGUUGGCUUGUGGCGCUUUUAGUGGUUAUCCGAUGACUUUCAGCUGCUUCCCAACGCGUUCGUAGUUGCACCAUCUGCGUAGUAUUUUGAGACACCGUUCAGAGAGAGAUGUGCCAUGGGAGGUGGUGAGAUGCUGGUGUGUUCCAAGUGCACGCGGCGCGUGUGCAAGGCAAAAGACAUCAAGAGUUACAAAAAUCGAGGAGGGUGGUUGGAGGGGCACGUUCGUGAGGGUUUCUCCUGCUUUGCACGUUUUGACGAGUGUUGCAUGGCCACAGCUCCACACCCGGCUUGUUACGGGGGAGGGGCAAC